GGCAGGGUGAGCAGAGGGGAGGGGGCCGCCCAGCCUGCUCUGGGCCCUCUCUGCUGUGUCCGCUCUGACACCGUGUCCUCCAGUCGGGGAGAGGGGAAGCAGAUUUGAGGAUACCUCUGUGACCAGACCAGAAUCCUGCCACCCCCAGAUCCUUCCCCAGGAUGGACACGGUGUCCAGCUCCCGGCCCCCCCUUGGACUAAACCUGCUGGUGCUCUUGCUGGUGUUGCCACUUGGGGGCCAGGCCAGCACAGGCUGCUACGGGAUCCCCGGGAUGCCAGGCCUGCCGGGGGCCCCAGGGAAGGACGGACACGAUGGCCUGCCGGGGCCCAAGGGUGAGCCAGGAAUCCCAGCUAUCCCUGGAACUCAAGGACCCAAGGGUCAGAAGGGAGAACGCGGCACACCUGGGCAUCCCGGGAAAAAUGGCCCCACGGGAACGGCUGGUAGUCCAGGGGUUCCCGGCCUCAUGGGACCCCCUGGAGAGCCGGGCGAGGAGGGCAGAUACAAGCAGAAGCACCAGUCUGUCUUCACGGUCACACGGCAGACAUCCCAGUACCCCACGGCCAACAGCCUGGUCAAGUUCAACGUAGCCAUCACCAACCCGCAGGGCGAUUAUGACACAAGCACCGGCAAGUUCACCUGCAGAGUCCCGGGUCUUUACUACUUUGUGUACCACACGUCGCAGACGGCCAACCUGUGCGUGCUGCUGUACCGGAGUGGUGUCAGGGUGACCACCUUCUGUGACCACCUGUCCAACAGGAAGCAGGUCAGCUCGGGCGGUGUGCUGCUGCAGCUACAGGCGGGUGAGCAGGUGUGGCUGGCGGUCAAUGACUACAACGGCAUGGUGGGCACCGAAGGCUCGGACAGCGUCUUCUCUGGCUUCCUGCUCUUUCCUGACUAGGGCAGCCAGGCCCGCUCCAGGCCCGGGGCCGCCCCGCUCCCCUCAGCUUCCCUGCAAGAACCGCUGUGCCCAGGCCCUUCUCCCCACCUGAUGGACUCCUCCUCCAGGAAGCCCGCCCUGACGCCCUUGCCCCAACUUCUCUCCCUCCUCCGAACUCCUUCAGGAGUCACUGCUUUGAGACUUAACCAGCACCCUCUAACACUGUCAAUGGUUUUUUUUUUUUUUUCCAAGUCUCCGGAAAGGCAAGGUGAUAUAUAAAUAAAUAAAUAAAUGGAAAAAUGUG